AUGACUCAGUCCGACCCGGUUCCGACGGGUUAUAAUAUUGUUUCGAGUAUUUCCCGUUCCAGUGUGGGUGAUUUUUCGUCGGAUUUGGUUUUGAAAAAUCCACAUUCAACAACAGUAUUAUAUAAGUAUUUUACAACAAGUCGAACAAUUUUUUCCCUCACUGUAAAUUACUCACUAACAAAUGUCGUCUGCUCAACAGCAACCGAAUAA